GUGAACGUCAUACUUCUGGUUUCUCGGUGACUCCCCCCUCUUAUGGACCCAGCAGCAGCAGCAGCUCUCAGUUAGCAGCAGCUCUCCCUCCCUCCCUGUGUGUUUGUGAACCAGCAGAGAUUUAACACCGUUUAUGAACGACAAGUCAUAAAAGUAAGUACAGUUAUUCAUGUGAAAUACAUUCUCCCUGAUGUUUGGACAGUUUAACAGACGGUUUGGAGGCUUAGCCUAGCAUGUAGCUCCGGAGAGCUACAGUCACUUUGAAUGACUUCAGUGAGUUAGCAUGAGCUCGUUAGCUGAGCUUUCCUCUCUCUCCAUACUGUCUGAGAAUAAUUCACAUUUAUCUGCUUCAGUUUAUGUCUGUAUCUUUAAUCCUAACAGAUAUAUAUAUUUAAGGACAUUUUGAACAGGUUUUGGUUAAAAAGAGGAAGAAUUAUCACCGUGAGGUAGUGUAAAGUGAAUGGAGGACGGGGCUGACAGCUGCAGAGCUGCAGGUUUGAGGUCAUUUUACAUCAAGUCUGGUGGCUUAAUGAGCAACUUUGACACAUUUUUAUCAGGAUUCAAGCGAAUCAUAUUGUGUCUUUACAGUAGUGGCACUUAAAAACUAAUUAUAAAUUGCUAACUGUUAAAUCAGGGUAAACAUGAGAGCAUUGUAAAGAAAGAAACAUGAAAAUAUUGAGUUUACGGUAAGAUGUGAUCAUAUUUUGCUGUGAAAUCACCAUAAAAAAUUACCUAGCAGUGUUAAAAAUGUACCUAACUGCAUAAGUUGGUCAAAAACAGUUGCUGCCUCCAUACCAUAAACCACUGGUUCUCAACUGGUCUCACUCUGGGACCUACAUUUUUCCAUGGUCCUUUAGUCACGACUUUUAUAAGAUUCAAACCAAGCAAAUUUAUUUUUUAUUAAAAAAAAACUUAAAAGCAUCAAAUAUUUAACAUAAAUACACCCAUUUUAUUUAGUAAAGUGCAUUUCAGAGCACAGGAACUGAGGACGACAACUGCUGAAGCUAACACUACACUGACAUCGUCUAAUUGGACUUCAUACUGACUCAGACGCUACAUGGUCUAACCAAAUGACACAUUAAAAAGACACUUCUUUUUUUUUGCAGCGGGCCUCAUUUUCUUUUUCUUUUUUUUUUCCAGCAGUGGCGGUUCUCGGCCACCGUAAUGAGAUUCUCCAAAAAGUCUAAGUGCAGGAUUGAUUUAUCAGCACCACCAUGAGGCUCAUAAAGCUGAGAUGGUGCGUGUCAAAUGCUGUGGAUGACGUUUUCUCCCGCUCCUACACUCAGGAGACAGAGAAAAAGUUUUUCCAUCACAGUAGCUCCACUUUUCAUGAUUUUGGCUUGUCUUAAAUGUGUCACUCUCCACUCUCAGGAAUCCACCAUGGCUUCUCGAGCAGGUCCCAGAGCAGAGGGCACAGACGGGAGUGACUUCCAGCACCGGGAGAGGGUUGCCUCUCACUAUCAGAUGAGGUGAGUUCUUCAGUCGAGCCAUAAUUGUGCAUUUUGUAGAUCUUUUUAACUGAAAGUAUGCACUCAGUCAUUCCUAACUCGUCUUAUUUUGCUCCUUCAGCGUCGCCUUGAAGUCUGAGAUCCGUAAACUGAACAUCGUCCACGUGCUGAUUUGGGUGCUGAUGGCAGCGCAGGUAAAGGCCUCCUUUCGUUAAAGCUGUUUUUUCCUCGUUUGAAGUGUUAGAAAAUUAAUCUUCUGUUCUUUGUCUUUCUCAGGUGAUCGUGAGCCAGCUCAGCCUCGUGUCCCACAAGAUCGUCGCCUCUCCGUAUCAGUGGGAGUACCCGUACCUCCUCAGCAUCAUCCCCACUGUCUUCAGCUUCUUGGCGUUGCCCCGAAACAACAUCAGCUACCUGGUGAUCUCCAUGAUCAGCGCGGGGCUCUUCUGCGUGGCACCGCUAAUCUACGGCUCCAUGGAGAUGUUCCCUGUUGCUCAGCAGCUGUACCGGCACGGCAAGGCGUACCGCUUCAUCUUCGGCUUCUCGGCCGUGUCCGUCAUGUACCUGGUGAUCGUCAUCGCCGUGCAGGUGCACGCCUGGCAGAUCUACUACAGCAAGAAGCUGCUGGACCAGUGGUUCACCAGCACGCAAGACAAGAAGAAGAAAUAAGAAAACACAGAGAUCAGAUGGAAGAUUUUCAACCUGUAAAUCAAGAGACCAAGAGAAGAGACUCUGAACAGUUCUGUGGUCCUUUGUCAUUUUUCUAUGUUUCUAUUUGACGUGAUUGUCGAUCGAGUCUGCAGUAAAGAAGGGACUGAUGGAGACUGGUGCCAAAACUCCUGUACCUUGUUUUCCCAGGUACUAACAGGGUGAAAAACUGUAAUAAAAGCUGUAAUUAUGUUCCUGAUUUGGAUUUGAAAAUAAAUUUAAAUAUUUAAACACAUUU